AUGUCAGAAGGAAUUUCUACUGAUAAGAUUCUUCAAGCAGCGAACGAAAGUGUUGUUGCUGACUCGGUAGGUGCUGAGGCUCUUGAAAGACUUCUGGGUGCUAUGGAGUGUGGAAAAGUUACUGACGAAUUGCUAGAAAGUUGCCCCGAGCUUGCUGCUGCCCAGAAAAACUUCGACAAAUUGCAGUAUAGAAAGAAGAUCUUGCAGAGUGCACUCAAGAAGCAACUCGAUGACAACAAGAAGAACAAUGUUGGAGGCAAACCGAAGGCAGAAAAACCAAAAGCUGAAAAGCAGAAAUCAGAUAAACCAAAAGCCGAAGAACCAAAAGCGAAAAAGGGAAAGACCGGUGGAGCAGCUCCAAAGCAACAAACGAAGAUGGAUUAUGUGAAUGUUGAGGAUUUCGGUAGCAGUAUCUUGGGGUUAUUGACUAGCUUGUUCAAGCAAGGAUUAACCAAGGCUUUCCCCGACAUCCAAGUUCCUUUGACAUUAACAGAGGCAACCAAUCCCACUUUUGGAGAUUAUCAAUGCAACUCUGCUAUGGCUCUCUCAGCAAAAUUGAAAGCAACUGGAGUUGUUAAAAAGCCGUUUGAGGUAGCUAAUGAGAUCAAGGCUGCUCUCCCCACUAGCUCCCUAUAUGAAAAGGUUGAAGUUGUUCCUGCUGGCUUCAUCAAUAUAUUUUUGAAUCAAAGUUACAUUCUUGCUCAAAUUAGAGGAAUUGCUGUAGAUGGCGUGAAACUACCUAAAGUCACUCGCAAGAAAGUUAUUGUUGACUUCUCGUCUCCAAAUAUCGCCAAGGAAAUGCACGUCGGUCAUUUACGAUCCACCAUCAUUGGUGAUUCUAUUUGCCGUUUGCUUGAGAAGAUGGGAUUCGAGGUUGAUAGAGUUAAUCACAUCGGAGAUUGGGGAACUCAAUUUGGUAUGUUGAUUGCUCACUUAUAUGACAAGUUUCCUGAUUUCCUUUCCAACAUGCCCGCAAUCAGUGAUCUUCAAGCCUUUUAUAAGGAGUCUAAGAAGCGAUUUGACGAAGAUGCUGAGUUCAAGAAGAGAGCUUAUGACUCUGUUGUAAGAUUGCAGAGUAAAGAGCCCGAAAUUGUCAAGGCUUGGACUCUCAUUUGCAACAUUUCCAAGAAAUACAACCAGAAUGUCUACGAUAGAUUGGAUGUUGUUCUUAGAGAUGUCGGAGAGUCAUUCUAUCAAGAUAAGAUGAUUUCCAUGGUUGAGGAUUUGAAGAAAAAUCACCCAGGAGCUCUUAAAGAGGAAGAAGGACGUCUUGUCAUGUUCCCUACUAAUUGUGAAGUACCCCUGACCGUUGUUAAAAGUGACGGUGGCUACACUUAUGACACUUCUGAUCUAGCCGCACUGAAUUAUCGUAUAAAUGAAUGCAAAGCCGAUUGGGCUAUUUAUGUUGUUGAUGCUGGUCAAAAUCUUCAUUUGGAGACCGUUUAUGCUGCUGCUCGUGACUUAGGAUGGUAUGACGAGAAGGUGAAGCGUGUAGAGCAUGUUAUGUUCGGCCUUGUUUUGGGAGAAGACAAGAAAAAGUUCAAAACUCGAUCCGGAGAAACUGUUCGCUUGUUAGAUUUACUUGACGAGGGUGUUAAGCGUGCCGCCGAAAAACUAAUUGAGAAGAAGAGAGAUCAAGAGAUGACCAAGGAAGAGCUUGAUGUUGCCAGAGAUGCCGUAGCAUAUGGUUGUAUCAAGUAUGCCGAUCUCUCCCAUACUCGCUCCCAAGACUAUGUCUUCUCUUUCGAUCGCAUGCUUGACGACAGAGGAAACACUGCGGUAUACCUACUUUACGCUUAUGCUCGUAUCAGAUCCAUCGUACGUAACACUGGAAUCUCUCCUGAAGAGUUGAAAGACUACGUUAACAAGACUGAAACACUUCCUCUAUCCCACCCCAGAGAGAUCAAGUUAGCUAAGCAAAUUUUGAAGUUAUCCGAUGUGAUUCUUCAAGUUCUGGACAAUUUCAUGUUACAUCAAAUCUGUGAUUAUAUUUACAACCUAGCCACUUCGUUCCACGAUUUCUACAACGAAUGCUAUGUUAUUGAGAAACUUGACGGGAAUACAACCAUACAUUAUCAUCGCUUGACUCUCUGUGAGGUCACAGCGAACGCUAUGCUCACCUGUUUCGAAAUUUUGGGUAUCCGGGAAGUUCCAAAGAUGUAA